AUGUCGAUCAAGGUGAAGGAGGUCCCCGUGGAAGCCCAUAAUAGCGUCGGGAAAGUGGAACGAUACCAUGCACCACUGCGCCGUGCCUACGAAAUUCUCAGGGAAGAGCUCAAGAACGAGAACAUUGACAGGGAGAUGAUCCUGCAGAUGGCUGUGAAAGCUGUUAACGACUCAGCCGGACCAGAUGGAAUUGUCCCAACGUUGCUUGUCUUCGGGGCAUACCCGAGAAUGACCGAAAUAGACCCACCAUCACCUUCGGUAGUCAAGAGAGCUAAGGCUAUCCGUGCUGCAACCAAAGAGGUCCGACGCCUGCAUGCAGAGCGCCAGGUGAAUGACGCGCUUGCUAUGCGCAACGGCCCGAAUAUUACCACCACGUUGGACCUACCUUUGCAGUCAGAUGUUCGAGUCUGGCGCGAGAAAGGCGGAUGGAAGGGCCCAUACAAGCUCUUAGCGAUGGAUGGAGAAAUUUGCACCGUGGAUAUGCCAUAUGGUCCUACGAAAUUCCGAUCAACUGUUGUCAAGCCCUACCACAGAGAAGAACUCCCAGAGGGAGAGGGAGGGCAACGUCGGAUUAGGGCAGAGGACGACCAAGUGGAUAGGACUGUCGAUUCGGAACCAGUCAACGAGCCCGAUAAACCAGUCGAAAUCCAACGACGAGGUCGAGGACGACCACCCGGAUCGAAAAAUAAACCGAAGCCGCAGACAACCGUGCGGCGGAGCACCCGAGGAAAUCCUACUCAUCAUCAAGACCUCGAGGAUCAAUUCAUCAAUACUAUCUGGGAAGGACAAGACGUUGCAAUGGCACUUAUGACGAACAAAGAACGAGCCGAUAUGGAACUGUCCAUUAAGUUGAGGAAUGACGGUGUCAUCACGACCCCUGGAUUGCCAUUUGAUCAAUCUCGGAACGAGGAGAUCGAAGGGCUAAUAGCCAGAGGCGUGUUCGACUUCUCAAGCAACGCUGGUAUACGCAUCUUCAAUUCCCGUUUGGUCAAUGAAAUCAAGGGCAAAGCCACGGGUACGCCUUUCGAGAAGUCACGACUCGUUAUCCAGGCCUACAAUGACGAAGGGAAAGGGAUGAUUCUUACCCAAUCCCCGACGAUCCAACGAGCCAGCCAAAGGGUCAUCGUCGCACUGGCCCCGUCACUGAGCGAAAAGAACAUCAGCCUAUCGAUCCGGGACAUUACACAGGCAUAUGUCCAGUCAACAACCUCAUUGAACCGACUGAUUCUGGCGCACUUACCCAAGGAGAUCAAGAGCAAGUUCUCAGCCGGCACGAUCAUGGUAGUGCGGAAGCCGUUAUACGGGAUCCCUGAAGCCGGAACCCAUUGGUGGGCGACGUACCACAAGCACCACCGGGAAAAGCUCGAGAUGGUCACAUCUACUUACGACCCAUGCCUGUUGAUUUCGACAGCAAAGGAAGCUUUCGGUGUUGUCGGAAUGCAAACCGAUGACACUCUGAUUUUGGGGUCCGACGAGUUCGCCAAGCUCGAGGCGAAGGAAUUGGCAGAAGCAAAGUUCAGCGCUAAACCUAAGGAUACACUAUCUCCAGAGAACCCGCUGAUAUUCAAUGGCUGUGUCCUGACACAGAAGGAAGGAGACGUUGCCGUUGAAUUACGCCAGAAGGAGCAGGGUAAGAAGCUCAAGCUCAUCGACCACAAAUCCAAGGACCUCAAGCAAGCAUACAUGGAACAACGUGCUCGCGGAGCUUACAUUGCGACGAUCUGCCAGCCGGAAGCUGCAUUCGACCUAUCCGUUGCCGCCCAACACCAGGAUCCUACGGAAGCCGACGUCAACGCGUUGAACAAACGCAUCAAGUGGCAAAUGAAGAACCUGGACAGGGGCAUCAGAUACAUCGCGAUAGAUCUCUCAACUGCAAAGCUCUUCGUAUUUGUCGAUGGCUCAUUCGCAAACAACAAAGAUUUCAGCUCCCAGAUUGGAUAUGAGAUUAUUCUCGCAAACGAGUCCACACAGGAUGAGGAAUUUGAGAUCACCGGAAACCUGAUCCAUUGGAGCUCAACCAAGAGCAAACGAGUCACCAGAAGCGUCCUAGCAUCGGAGAUCUAUGGGAUGGUAGGAGGUGUCGACAUGGCAAUUGCAAUCGGCACAACAGUCAAGAUGAUCAUGGACCAACUCGGCUUUGGGAAGAUCCCUACCAUCGUAUGCACGGACUCAUACUCUCUUUACGAAUGCCUCGUCAAGCUCGGAACCACCAAGGAGAAGCGCCUCAUGAUCGACAUCAUGGCACUUCGCCAGUCAUACGAGCGAAGAGAGAUAAUGGAGAUAAGGUGGAUCAACGGGAGCGACAACCCUGCAGAUGCAAUGACCAAAGCAGACCCCAACAAGGCCUUGGAGAAGUUCAUCAACACCAAUAACUUGCGAGUGCGAGUUGAGGGAUGGGUGGAGAGAAAAUAG